GCGCUGCGGGCCGCGCUGUGGAGGCGCCAGAAUCCAAGCUAAAGGCGCCGGAGUUCGCGCUGAAGCCGCCGAGCGAGGCUGAGUUGUACAAGAAGCCCUACUACUCCCUGGAGUCCAUGCGGGCGCUCGCGCGGCUGGAGGGCAACCGCAGCCUGCUGAGUUUGGAGGAGCAGAACAACAUGGCGUUGCUGAUGCAGGAUGGCAAGAAGCCGGGGCCAGCCUGGGCUCAGAAGACGCCGGAGGAGCUGAAGAAGGAGGACGAAGAGUUCCAGGCUAAGCUGGCCGGCAUGACCGACAACGAGAGGAGAAAGUUCAUCCGGAACAGAAGAGAUUGGGAGUUAAGGAACGUGAUUCCUGUUGGUGAUGGCUCGUACAUGAAGAUGCCUGGUAUGACCCGUUGA